AUGGUCGUCAACCUCCACAGUUGGCCACCUCAUCACUACAAACCUCACUUGGCCUACGGCAAGAAUGGCGCUGUAGCAACGGAAUCCAAGGAGUGCUCCGAUAUGGGCGUUGAUAUCCUCAAAAGAGGUGGAAACGCAGUCGAUUCCGCUGUAACGUCUACUCUCUGUAUCGGCGUUAUGAACAUGUUCUCAUCCGGUAUCGGAGGCGGCGGUUUCGCGCUGCAUAGAACACCAUCCGGAAAUAUAUCAUCUCUUGACUUCAGAGAGACUGCUCCCGCUGCGGCUUACCCAUACAUGUUCUUCGAUUCUCCGUUGCAUGCUCAAAUAGGCGGUUUGGCUACAGCUACACCUGGAGAAUUGGCUGGAUUGCAGGACCUGCAUCAGGAGCACGGAUCUAUGGAUUGGUACGAUUUGGUUAUGCCUGCCGCCCAAUUGGCAAAGGGAUGGGCUGUGCCGAAGGAGCUCGCUAGGAGGCUGGACUUGAGUAGUAAUUGGAUUCUCACAGACCCCGUAUGGAGAGAAUGGUUAGCACCAAAUGGCACAACAUUGGCCGAGGGCGACUGGAUAGAGAGACCAGCUUACGCCAAGACAUUGGAGACGAUCGCAGAGUAUGGCGUUGAUGCCUUUUACAAGGGCCACAUUGGUGACUCAUUUGUUGAAACUACAGCCAAAUCUGGCGGUAUUCUCUCCAAAUCAGACCUCGAAAGCUACAGCGUUGUCAAGGAUCAAGGUCACAGUAUGAAUCUGCGCGGAUUGGAUAUUCACACUUGCGGGUUUCCGACAUCUGGGCCGGUGAUGUUAUUCAUGCUGAACGCACUGGACGAGCUGGAUAUGUAUCCGUCGCGUUCCAACAGCCCCGAUGAUCUGCACAAAUUCAUUGAACAUCCUAAAGUUGGAUUUGCAGAACGCACCCGUAUCGGCGAUGAACCGUUUAUGAAUGACACUGCCCCAAUGAUGAACAUGCUCAACAAGACAUACGCUCAGGAAACUGCUGACCUCAUCACGGACAAAACGCACACAUGGGAGUAUUAUGAGCCAGACUUCGAAGUACAGGAUACACACGGUACUACCCACCUAACAAUUGUAGAUGAACAAGGGGGAGUAGUUACACUCACAUCAACGAUUAACGGCUGGUUCGGAUCCCAUGUGCUGGACACAGAAACAGGUAUAAUACUGAACAACGAAAUGGACGACUUUAGUAUACCUGGUCAUCCUAACAUGUUUGGUUUGUGGCCAUCGCCUUACAACCACCCAGAGCCAUUCAAGAGACCGUUAUCAUCGACGGCGCCGACGAUUGUUCAGCGGGAUGGAAAAAUGCUAACUGCGAUGGGUGGCAGUGGAGGUAGUCGUAUAUUCACCAGCGUAUUCCAAACCCUCCUGCACAUUCUCGGUGGCUCCGAUCCAUCAUCGGCAAUUGAAGCACCGCGAGUCCACGAUCAGCUUUUCCCACCAAUUGCAACAUUUGAAAGCGGAUUCAGUCCCAGGCUAAUCAAUGAAAUGAAAGAGAGAGGGCACAACACUACAGUGUUUGAUUUCAACCUCGGCGCGGCGAAUGUCCAAGCCAUAACGGCAGAAGAUGGCACCUUGUUCGCGGCUUCUGAUUCACGUAAAAAUGGCAUUGCAGCUGCUUACUAG